CUGCCAGUGGAUUAUUUCUGAAAACGCUGCUGUUGUGAGGAAAAGUGAAGACAGCACCCAGAAAGGAAGAUGAACCUCGACUCUCUGGAGGGCUCCAUCCAGAACCUGCUGUCGGUGUUGUACCCGCCCUUCGAGGCCACUGCUCCUACCGUCCUCAGCCAGCUCUUCCACAUCAUCGAGAGUCGGUUCAGGGGAGAUGCUCUGCGCUGCUUGCUGGACUUUCUGGUCCCGGCUAAGCACAUCUUAGACACCGUGCAGCAGGCUGCAUGUGCUCCGUACUCCAAUGCACUUUUCCUCUGUGAGGGCUGGCCUCUGUGUUUACGGGACCAAGUUGUCGUCCACCUCGCUCCCAUCAGCCCCCAGCUGCUGCAGCCUGGCGACUUCUACCUCCAGGUGGCACCGUUCUGCGAUCAGUCGGCUCGCAUCGUGGUGUGCAGCCUCCUGGAGGAGGAGGGCUUUAGGACCGGGGUAGUGGAGGAGACUCCCAUCCCUGAAACCUCGUACCCGUGCAUUUUCAGCCGUGACUGGUUGGAUGAGAUCAACCACGGGCGUCAGGGAACGCCCCUCGGCCAGUGUCUGCUCGCCACUGAGCAAGGUGUGGUGAGGUUGCCAUGGGAACGGGUGGCCGUGCCUGAUUUUGUGGAGGUGCCACAGGGUGCUGGGACCUCGCAGUGUGUCCGCACCGUGCGCUUCGCAGAGAAGCCCUGCACGCCGUGCAUGAGGAGGAGACAGGGCGGGAAGGUCAGCAGAGCUCAAGAGCUGAGAUGUCGAUACAGGGACUCGUACCAGGCUGCUAUUCAAAACCCCGUGGCCUUUGGGCAGGGGAAGCAGAGGGGGAAUAUGACGGCUGUGUUGGAGGAGGAUGCGGUGGUGGACACCUCGGAGAGGUGUGAACUGGUCAUCGUAGAAGGUCAAAACGUCAGGAGAAAAGAGAAAGCGGACGUCCGUGCGGAGAUUCCUCAGCUGCAUGUCGUCAAAUGUAAAAACAGCACAGCCUUCAGGCUCGUUUCACCCAAGAUUAACAGGAAGAAGAUAGUUAUUCCAGAAGCUGCUCAGCCCAGUAGUGCUCCUGGCAGAAAUGGCCUCCAAACGGAGAAACCGUCACAGACAGACGCACCUUCACUGCGGGGGAAACACACGUUCUUCCAGGCAGCGUCUGCACGCCCAAGGCCUGAUCACCUCCACCUGGGGUCCCCAGACCCUGGAGCACACCCCGUCUAUCUGGGACUGGCGUCUCUCACAGGCGGCAGAGACAGGAUGAGCAGGGCAAUGGUGGAGCUGUAUGGAGAGCACCAGGGGUGGAGAUCAGCUGUGACGAGCCAGGAGAUCUUCCAGAUGCUGCUUUACUUCCACUCAAUCACCAGGAAAGAAGUGCGAGAAGCUGGGAUGACUCUUAUUUUUGACGCUAGAAAGAUGCAUCCUCCGCCACAGCUCUACAAAGCUUUAAUAACUCUUCAGGAGCUGUGUCCCCAGGCUGUAAACAGUUUGGUGCUGCUGGUGGACAAAGAAAGCAGCAUCCGACCAGAAAAAUGUCCUGGGAUACAGACUGACGUCGUGGCGUCGAUGAAGGUUUUGCUGAAGCUGGUGGAUGCGAGUCAGCUGAGCUCCCGUCUGGACGGCACGCUGCCCAGCACCUACUGCGACUGGAUGGAGCUGCAUCAGAAACUGUUCCCAUUCGUGCAUGAUCUCCAUGAAACGUCUGGCCUGCUGCUGAGAGCCAUCAGUAAGCUGGAGGAGCCUCAGAGGACGGACUCUGUGCAGACGGUGCAGCAGUGCAUGAUGGACCAGCGGACUCUGAUGAAGGAUGUUCUGGAGGAUAACCGAUUGGUCAGCCUGCAGAGAGAAGGCGGGGCCAUCCUGGCCCGCCUGAGGAAGGAGAGUGACCUCAAAUACCCUCACUGUGAAGACCUCAGCGAUGCCGUGGACUCUGUGACCAGCCUGUACAACCAAGUGGAAGAGCAGGCCCAUGUGCUGGUGCAGAGGUCCAACAUGGCCCUGGAGCACCUGGAGUACCUGCUGCAGCUCAGAGAGAUGGAGGGACACUUCGCUCAGAUCCAGCAGUGGUUCAAUGUGGAGGGAGAGCGCCACCUGCUGGAGGCGGAGUCAGUGGAGGACUCAGGAUCCAGGAUGGAGCAAGUCCUCAGCAGCUUCACUGCUUUCCUGAUUGAAGCUAAUGACCGAAGGCACCACGCCAUGUCGUUGGUGUCCGAGGCCGAGCGGCUCCAGCAGAGCGGCGUCGCCUACACAGAGACGGAGGCGUUCGGUGCUCUGAUCUGCAGCUUUAAGGCCGGCAUGGAGGACUUCCUGUGCAGGGCGGAGACGUGUGGCCGGGAGCUGCAGGUCAUGGUCAAUGUGUGCGACUUUUGUGAGCAGGCCACAGCGCUGGCCGGUGAGUGCGUUGAAUACUUGGAGCAGACGCAGACCAGAACCCACUCAACGCGAGACCAAAGUGCCCCACAGGCCGAUGAAGCGAACAGUCAGUCAACACGACCCCAGAGCCGCGACCCCGACGCCGCGUCUCUCUGCCAGUCCGAUGUCCGUGCGGCGCUCGGCUCCGGACCGACCGGCCCCGGCGCCGCUCUGUCCCGCGCCGACAGCUCCGUUCUCCAGGCUUUCCAGGACCGCUUCCUCCACUUCAGCCCGGAGCGAUUCCAGGAGAUGAAGGCUCAGGCCGGCGCGCUGCGAGGCUCUCGGGGGAUGAGGGUCUGGAACGUAGCCUGGUUGAAAUGUCAGGAGGCCCGUCAGCAGCUCCAGGAGACGAUGCAGGACGUGGAAGAGGCUGAUCCUCAAACUCCGGAGUCCAGCAGCUGGUUUGAAGGUCAUUUUGUGGACGUGGCGAACACCAACUUUCAGACGGCGUCACCCGGUGGGCAGAGCCUGGUGGUGCAGUCGACCCCGGGGCCUCGGCACCCGCAGUGGGAGGGGAUCGUGUCCGGAGUGGUGGACUUAGGGAAGAGGAGGCCGAUUCUGGGCAGCAACAGCUCAAACUCAACAACAGUGGCGUGCUGCAACGCCAUCAUCAAACCUGAAGGUGACAGCGAGGCCGGGACGAGUCCGAGCUCCAGGGUCCCGCCGCAGUCACCUCAGAGGGCUUCUCGCCGGACAGAGAGAGAGGCUCGCAGAAGGAUGAUGAGCAGAGCGAGGAGCGAGCGAGACGCCGCCGCUCUGUCUCAGUCCCACACCGUGGGCUGCCAGUGGUUUCCGUGGGGGCGGGGCCUCGUGACGAGGUCGGUGAGCCAGGACUCCUGCGCCACGGCGGCGGCCACGGCCGGCUCGUCCACUCCCCCGGAGCAGCGGGUUCGAUCCCCGUCGUCCUGCUCUCACCACGGUCAGCCGUCCUGUCGGAUCCUCCAGGAGGCCCAGAAGUUCCAGCUCUCCCGCCACGGGAGCUUCUGUUCAGACGACUCCUGCCUGAGCGACCGCGGGGCCGCGGGGGGAAACGGGAACUCCUGCUGCAAACACUCCAGCCUGCCCCUGUCAGUGAAGAGCUGCAGGAGGCUGCAGCGCGUCAUGGAGGAGCUGGUCUUCACAGAGAGGGAGUACGUUCGCUCGCUGGGUUACAUCCUGACCCACUACCUCCCCCUGAUGGACAGACUCGACAUCCCUCAGGACCUCAGGGGCAAGAGAGGGGUCAUCUUCGGUAACCUGGAGAAGCUUUACGACUUCCACAGCCACUAUUUCCUGCCCGAGCUGGAGGCCUGCCAGCGGGAGCCCGCCAUGGUGGCUCGCUGCUUCCUCAGACACAGCGAGAGUUUUGGCUUGUACGCUUUGUACAGCAAGAACAAACCUCAGUCAGACGCCCUGAUCCUGCACCGGCGCCACGACAUCUUCAAGAGAAAGCAGCAGGAGCUCGGGGACAUGAUGGACCUGUCCUCCUACCUGCUGAGGCCCAUCCAGAGGAUCAGCAAGUACAGCCUGCUGCUGCAGGACAUGCUGGGUCUGGCCGGCUCCUGCAGGCCCACAGACGCGAUCCAGGACGCGCUCUUCACGUCUAGCGUGUGCGCGCAGAGCGUCUGCGGCCCGUCCUCAUACACGCCCGGCGAGAGGGAGCGAGAGAGGGCGGAGAUCCAGGCGGCCGCAGACCUGGUUCGCUUUCAGAUGCGCCACGGAAACGACUUGCUCACCAUGGACGCCAUCCAGGACUGCGAUGUCAAUUUGAAAGAGCAGGGUCAGCUGAUCCGUCAGGACGAAUUCACCGUUUUCUUCAGGAAGAAGAAAUGCGUCCGCCGCGUCUUCCUCUUUGAAGAUUUGAUUCUCUUCAGCAAAACCAAGAGGACAGAUGUUGGGAAUGAUGUUUAUGUCUACAAGCAGUCAUUCAAGACGAGUGACAUUGGGAUGACCCAUAACUCCGGCAUGAGCGCCUUGUGCUUUGAGAUUUGGUUCCGCAGGAGGAAAAGCGAGGACACCUACACCCUGAAGGCCUCCAGCAUGGAGGUGAAGAAAGCCUGGACCACUGACCUGGAGAGGAUCCUGUGGGAUCAGGCCGCUCACAGCAGAGAGCUGCGGAUGCAGGAGAGGGUGUUCAUGGGAAUGGGCCGCAAGCCUUUCAUGGACAUCCAGCCCAGUGAAGCGGCCAUUUGCGACAGAGCCAUCAGCUGCGUCCUGCCUGGGAGAAUCCCUGUGGCCUGUUGUUCACACAGGGGCCUAGAUUUCCCCCGGCCGCACUCCGUCGGCUCGGGCAGCACGGCCUCCACCACCCUCAGCCAGUCGUCGUCCUCGUCCGGCCGAGGCUCGCUGCCCCCCGCCGGGUUUCCCGGGAACCCGUCCCAGGGGGGAGACGCCAACCCGGCCGCGCGCUCGUCCCCGGAGGCCGUGGCCGACAACGAGAUCAACGCCCUGCAUCUCCACCAGCAUCACCUGCAUCGCAGCUGUGAACCGUGGAAAGCUCACCACGCUCUGAUGGACAGCACCGAGUCCUCUGGGGAGUGCACAAACCUCUUCAGCAGCUCCGAGCGCAGCUGCCUGUCGGCCAUCAGCGGGGAGGCGGUGGACGACUCCUCCUACGUUUCCCAGAGCUCACAGCCCCGCGCGCCGCCGUGCCGGACGCCCAGCCUGAGGAUCAACGGCUCGCCGGCUCUGACCAGGAAGAAGCCAGGUGUCGUCUCCAAACCUCCACACCCAGCUAGUGCUCUGGUGCAGGGUGAUGAAUUUAUAAUUGGAAAAUCAACAGAAGUUUAACCAUGGAGCCCCAGAAGAAGAUUGAAAGUGGACACAAGCUGCUCCGAUCACACUGGAGACCAAACAGUCAUCUGUGACCAGAAAUGUCUGGAGUGGCUGCACGGUCAUGGAACGGCAACAUUUUCUGAACACAGGACUUCUUCUUUUUUCUUCUGAUCUAUGGAAUCCCCUGAGGUUUGGUGUGGCUGUAUCACACUUCAGCCGCCCAAAGCGUGGCUGCAGUGAUCAUGAGACUGCCUCGAGCAGAGGAUGCUGCUGCUGCACGUGUGAUCUUUCUGUUUCGUGCAUCAUAAUGUGACUGAUAUGGGCUCACUUGAAACCAACAUUGUUUCAAUGCACAAAAACACAGAAUAUGUAUAUUUGUGCUUAAUGUGUCUCUCACUCUUUUUUGUUCAUCA